AUGCCCAUGAUUCCUCGACAGUAUCUGCGUCUGCGCUUCCUUCUUUUCGCAGUUCUCCUCGUUUCGAUCAUCGUCUGGUCCGUUUCAAACUGGCGUGCUAGGAGUUUAGACUACUCUAACCAUGAUAAUUCUUCUCGCCUGGUGAAUCCUGUCUUAGACCUUCAAGAGGCUCACCGGAAGUUCUGGCACACUUUCUAUGAGCUUUUGGAAACCCAUGGCCCCCAGGCCAUGCCGAUCAUUGAGUAUGAAAAGGCCCCCACGGAAGGAUUCGAUCCAAAUGACUCGCGUCCUCUGAAGAACUACCUUACCGCCGUGGACUCGGAGGAUCUCUCCGCGAUCAAGACCGCGCACGCAGGCUUUGUGGCGGCAAUCACCGGCGCCGAGGGGACUCUAAGUCUGCCCUAUCGCCCAGAUACCAGGGGGAUCGUUUCCACGGCAGGAGGCGCAUAUCUGCCCGUUCUGGUCAUUUCCCUGCGAAUGCUCCGACGAACAGGGUCCACGCUGCCGAUGGAAGUCUUCCUCGCGGACGAGGAUGAGUACGAAGCACACAUCUGCGACGUGGUCCUCCCUUCACUCAAUGCGCAAUGUGUCGUCCUCUCGCGCAUUCUCGCAUCCGCUCCGGCUGAAAUUGCCAAAUAUCAAUUCAAGCCUUUUGCCAUGCUCUUCUCCUCCUUUCAAGACAUCCUCUUUCUAGACGCGGAUGCUUUCCCGCUCAUCAACCCGGAAGUGCUCUUUGAGACCGAUCCUUUCCGUUCCACGGGUCUGGUCACCUGGCCGGAUUUUUGGGCCUCAAGCAUAUCCCCCCUCUUCUACGAGAUCAUUGACCUCCCACCACCCGGCUCAAUCUUCGCGCAUCCACCGAAUCAGUACUACUAUCCACUCCUGUCCCAAGGUGCUGCCGGCGAAGGCGACAAAGAGACCUUUCUCGCCGCCGCAACCGUCACCCAGCAACCAUUCUACCAGGUAAGCGAACGACUCGUCGCACUAGGUCACCCCAAAAGCAAACAAACCGGCGGCUUCGCAGGCUCCGCCAUGGGCCAAUUCAACCCGAUCGACGACUAUCAACUCGUUCAACGGGGCAUCUCCCGACUCCACGGGGACGCCGCGACUCCGCCCGAUCUCUUCUUCAUCCACGCCAAUUUCCCCAAAUUCAACCCGGCGACUGUAUUUGAUCCGCACGAGGUCAAUCCGGCGUUCACGGAUGAAGGGGAGUAUACGCGGGCGUGGACGCUGCCGGAGGACGUGGUGGAGCGGUAUAGUGCCCAAGAGGAUGUGGAGAGGGCUUUUUGGAGUCAAGUUCGAUGGACGGCGUGUGAAUUGGAGGACAAGUUUGUCAGUUGGCAGGGUCAUGUGGGGAUCUGUGAUCGAGUGAUGAAAUACUGGCAGAGUGUGUUUUUGUCUCUUUAA